UCGAACGCACUUAGGGUCACAGUGGGGGGAUUGACACGCACAACUGUUGAAAGCGCCAGAAAGAAGACAAGACCUCUCCCCUUAUUCCGCCGAGCCUCCCCUCUACCUGGCGCCUCCCCAGCCCCACCCCAGUCAGCUCCCGCUUAGGCGCGAGGAUGCGCUCCCUGCGGACUCUCCUGGGAGCGCUGCACUGGCCCCCCAGGGGGAGAGGAUGGGGUCCCCUGGCCCGGGGUCCCCUCGUCGUUGGGAGAGGUCGCCGCCAUCUGCAUGAAGCCGCCGCGGCGCAAGGCACGGACAUGAUGAGCAUCCACCAGCCGCAGCAUCAGAAGGAACAUGAUUCAUCAGAGAGUGGCAUGCUGUCCCGCCUGGGUGACCUGCUCUUCUACACCAUUGCUGAGGGACAAGAAAGGAUCGCCAUCCAUAAGUUCACCACUGCGCUGAAAGCCACCGGGCUGCAGACAUCAGAUCCCAGGCUUCGGGACUGUAUGAGCCAGAUGCGACGGAUGGUUCGAGAAUCUAGCAGUGGGGGUCUCUUAGACCGUGAUCUCUUUAGGAAGUGUGUGAGCAGCAACAUUGUGCUGCUGACCCAGGCGUUCCGAAAGAAGUUUGUCAUUCCGGACUUUGAGGAGUUCAAGGACCAUGUGGAUCGGAUCUUUGAGGAGACCAAAGAGCGCACAGGAGGCAAGGUGGCAGCCUACAUUCCCCAGCUAGCCAAGUCGGAUCCUGACCUCUGGGGUGUCUCACUAUGCACCGUGGAUGGGCAAAGGCACUCAGUAGGACACACUAAGAUUCCCUUCUGUCUACAGUCCUGUGUGAAGCCCCUCACUUACGCCAUAUCUGUCAGCAACCUGGGCACUGAGUAUGUGCAUAAAUAUGUGGGCAAAGAGCCCAGUGGUCUACGGUACAACAAGCUUUCCCUCAAUGAGGAAGGAAUCCCUCAUAAUCCAAUGGUCAAUGCUGGUGCCAUUGUUGUGAGUUCCCUGAUAAAGAUGGACUGCAAUAAAGCGGAGAAGUUUGAUUUUGUAUUGCAGUAUCUGAACAAAAUGGCAGGAAAUGAAUAUAUGGGUUUCAGCAAUGCUACGUUCCAAUCGGAAAAAGAAACCGGGGAUCGCAAUUAUGCCAUUGGCUAUUAUCUCAAGGAGAAGAAGUGUUUUCCUAAGGGAGUUGACAUGAUGGCUGCAUUGGACCUCUACUUCCAGCUGUGCUCAGUGGAGGUGACAUGUGAAUCCGGCAGCGUCAUGGCGGCCACGCUGGCCAAUGGCGGAAUCUGCCCUAUCACGGGCGAGAGCGUGCUCACGGCCGAGGCUGUUCGCAACACCCUCAGCCUCAUGCAUUCCUGUGGCAUGUAUGAUUUCUCUGGACAGUUUGCCUUCCAUGUGGGCCUUCCAGCCAAGUCGGCCGUGUCAGGAGCCAUCCUGCUCGUGGUACCCAACGUCAUGGGGUUGAUGUGCCUGUCCCCUCCGCUAGAUAAGGUGGGCAACAGCCACAGGGGCAUCAGCUUCUGCCAGAAGCUAGUCUCGCUCUUCAACUUCCAUAACUACGACAACCUGCGGCACUGUGCUAAGAAACUGGAUCCGAGACGGGAAGGAGGAGAAGUCCGGAACAAGACUGUGGUGAACCUGCUAUUUGCUGCCUACAGUGGAGAUGUUUCAGCUCUUCGAAGGUUUGCCUUGUCAGCCAUGGACAUGGAACAGAAGGACUAUGACUCCCGCACAGCUCUCCAUGUCGCUGCCGCAGAAGGACAUUUAGAAGUUGUCAAGUUCCUGGUGGAAGCCUGCAAAGUAAAUCCUUUCGUGAAGGACAGGUGGGGCAACAUUCCCCUGGAUGAUGCUGUGCAAUUCAACCAUCUGGAAGUGGUCAGGCUGCUUCGGGACUACCAAGAGUCCUACACUUUGUCUGAUCCACGGGUUGAGAUAGCAGCUGAAGCCCUGUCUAAAGAAAAUCUGGAAAGCAUGGUGUAAGGGGGGCUGCCCCCUCCCUUAAACAACUCAAAAGAAAUGAAGGCUACCUGGCUUUAGUGAUGGAAGAUGGGGAGUUGGUUUGAUGUCUCUAAGCCAGAGCCUCUUAGAGGAGUUUUCAUACCGUCCCCAGCCCCUCCACUCCCCACCAUGAGCCAGAUUCUAUCCCUUCUCCAUUACCUUUUCAGACAAAGCCCAAAGAAGGGCCCUAGUGGCCACUGCCAGUUUUCUAAUUGGGUUUUGGCCAGAAGGCUUGGGUUGCUUCUGCAUGGUGCAAGUAAGUACUUUGGCUCAAUUAGUAUCCCCAGAGGAUUUACCUAAGUUUUCUCUUAGAUACAGCCAGUUGUUUCUUGGGGCUCUAAGUGGUCCACCUCUUCCCCCAUCUAUUGGUGAUGGGGAUGCCUAGUAGCCUCAUUUAAUUUGAGAAACAUGUGUAUUCCAUUUCUUGUCUCUGACCCUGUUUGAAGAGACAUAUGAAAUAGGAGAGUGCACCGCUAAGGGCCCUGGGUUGCUACACCUCUUAUAAAUAUACACAGAGGAGAAAUGGGGAAAGCUGAGGAGCCUGGUUUCAAGGAGGCUGAAAUACUAUAUAGCUCCUUCAGCCAGGAUAUAAUGCUGCUAAAUAGUUCUUUUGUAGACAGAGAAAGUAUUUUGUGAUCAAAUAAAAUUUUAAUUACACAAAUCACUAUUUUUGUUAAGCCCAGCCCUCUCCCUUUCUCCUUUGAUGAAGGGUGGUUAGCCACCAUCACUCUAGUAGGAAGGGCCAGACAGUAUACAGAAUGUAUAUAUUUAUACAGUAAUAGUCACUACAUAUACUCCAAACCCUGCUUCAUAUAGGUUUCUUCUAGGGCAAAGGUAAAAAUCACACUGAUAAUUAGGGGGUAAUGGGGACAUAGGUCCAAGACCCAGACAAUAAUAGUUGUCUUAAGUUUAAAACAAUUUUCGAGUCUCUCUGCCAAACAAGACUUCCCCUUGCCCAGCAGCCCCUUUAUAAAAUCCUCAAAGGAGGGAAUGCUUUUAAAAAUGGUACCCUCAAGAUCAACUCCCAGUACCAAUGGCCUCGAUAACCCCUAAGUUCUCUCCACUGUCCUCCAAACUUUUAACUGAUUGAUUGGGUUUAGGAAUCUGGUAGGCAGGACUCAUGGAUGAGAACAGUUGCAACUAUGUAGGGCUGACAGGUGAUGUGGCCCUGUGGUUGUUGGGGGUCAGAGCCAUGUUCAUAAGCUACAGCACACUGACUCAAUAAAGCACCUAUGAAUGAGUUAAAAAUAAA